AUGUCCGCCUAUACUCGAAAUACACUACUUGUAUCUCUGAGCGCGUAUGCCGUGUACGCGCUCCUAAUCUUUGGCGGCAAGAAUGGCACUCUGUCACUCGCUCGAGAAGCAUCUACCUUCAACCGACUUCCCGGAUCAGAUGCGACAUAUGCAACAGAAUUCACCGGUAUCACUGCACUGGACAAGUUUCUCAAGGGACCCACCACAUUCUUCUGGCCCAUUGUGAAUGGCAACGUGGCCGGAUCUUCGCUCAUGUGUUUUUACUUUGCGGGACAAGGUAUUGCUGCUUGGGUGUUGAUUGCGCUUGAAGGAUUACGCGAGCAAAACAUCAAGAGAUGGGGGAUUGUGUCCUUUACGACUUGUUUCGGCAUGUUGUUUCAGGGGCUGGGGAUUGCCAUUGUCGGACCUUUGUUUUUGUGUUUUGCGCCGCUGGGGGCACGGUGGGUUGAUGUGUGCUUUGAGCGCAAGAGACGUGAGCUCGAUGCACUGGUUUUGAGUGUGGUUGGUGGCUUGCUGAUACCGACUGUGGUCAUGUCGUUGCCUGCGCCUUCUGUGUUGAGUGUUGGGUACAAGAUUGACGCUAUCCGCGUGUGGCAGUUUUUCCCUCUGCUUUGCUAUCUCGGUAUGUGGAUCUGGACGCCCAUUGUAGGGUUCUUUGCAGCUGCGCAACACACUUCUGUCGACGAGAGACGCGAUUUGCAGGUCAUGGCUUUGCGACGCGUCUAUGGCUUUGGCCUCUACGCCGCCACGCUGACUCAUAUCGGCGCCAUCUGCAUUUCCCUACUGGCAACGAUAUCCCCUCACCUCUUUGCCGAAAAUGUGGCCUCGUCUCUGCAUCCGAGCACUCUGUUUGUUCCCGCAUGGCCAACCACUGCUCUAAAAGUCGCCACGCUGGAGCAAGGAGCACAUAUCUUNUUGCAGUGGGACAUGCUGAUCAUGGCUUGCACUUUUCUGGUCUGGACUGUGUGGGCAAGAGGGUACGUGGAGUCGUCGUUGUUGUCUAGAGUCCUGGUGGCGGGUCGUGGUCUCGGGUACUGUGUGCUCGUUGGGCCCAUGGGUGCGAGUCUGCUGGCCAUGUGGGAGAGGGACGAGAUGAUGUAUAAAGAAGCCCGCCAAGAAGUAGCUUCUGGAGAAGGAAAAAGAGUCCUAGCGUAG